AUGAAUUACUUUACAGCUUUAAGUAGCUAUGCAUCAUCGAAAUCACUCAACUUGGACUUUGUGAGGAACCUCGCAUCCUCGCCGCGCUUCCAAAAAGCCCUUCGCGUCGGUGCUGCCCUGACACUAGUCAUUGGCACCAACAGGCUCCUGACCCAGCUGGCACUGAACAACCUUUCCAGGACCCAUGAUUGGGACUGGAGCGAGGACAUUGUUAUGGUUACGGGCGGUUGCAAUGGCAUAGGGGAACUUGUCUGCCGGAAGCUUGCUAGUCACGGCAUCAAGGUUGUUGCUGUCGACCUUCAACCUCCCCAAGUUCCUUUCCCAGACAAUAUCUUCUACUAUCGACUCGACGUCACAUCGUCCCAAUAUAUUAGUCAAAUUGCCAAGUCUAUCCGCCAGGCUGUUGGCGAGCCAACCGUACUAAUCAAUAACGCUGGUGUGGCUUCGUUGAAGACUAUCCUUGGCGAGUCCGAGGAAGACAUCCGUCGAACAUUCGAUGUUAACGUCGUUGCCCACUUUCUGCUCGCAAGGGAGUUUCUGCCAUGGAUGAUCCGGCAGGAUCACGGCCAUAUUAUCACCAUUGCCAGCAUGGCAAGCUACAUCACUGUCGCUAGCGGCGUCGACUAUUGCGCCUCCAAGGCCGCAGCGCUGGCCUUUCAUGAGGGGUUAGCCCAAGAACUCAAGUACAAGUACAAUGCCAAGCAUUGUUGUGCACCCAACGUGGAUUCGAACUAA